AUGCUCCUCCUCACCUACAAAGCCCUCCACAACCAGACCCCCUCCUACCUCACCGACCUGCUCCAUCACCAAACUCCCUCUCGCACCCUCCGUUCCUCCGACGCCAACCUCCUGUCCCUGCCACAAAGGACCAAGCACCGGACCUGGGUCAUCGGCAGUAAGAGACAAAGCAUACGGAGUGCCGGGCCGCUGGUGCGGGCCAGCGGAAGCUCCUGGGACAAGAGGGAGGAGACGGCUCGAGAUGGAGAAUACCUGCUGGGGAUAAAGCGUCUAAGAAGGCUUUACUGUAAUGUGGGCAUUGGCUUCCACAUUCAGGUCUUACCGAACGGGAAAAUCACAGGCGUGCAUAAUGAAAACAGAUACAGCCUUCUGGAAAUGUCCCCAGUGGAGAGAGGAGUGCUGACUCUCUUCGGAGUGAGAAGUGGCCUCUUCAUUGCUAUGAGUGACAAAGGGAAACUCUAUGGCUCGGGCCACUACAAUGAUGAGUGUAAAUUCAAGGAGAAUCUCCUGGCCAACAACUAUAAUGCCUAUGAAUCAGCUGCCUACCCUGGUAUGUACAUUGGCCUCAGCAAGACCGGCAAAACCAAGAGAGGCCACCGGGUCACACCCACCAUGACCAUGACUCACUUCCUUCCCAGGAUAUGA